GCAAGAGCCAUUAGAGCACAGAGGCCAGCGACCGUUUGGCUUGAGAGCGGGACACUGAGAAAACUGCGGGGCCGGGUUGUCACCACCAUGUUCUGCGAGAAGGCCAUGGAGCUGGUCCGCGAGCUGCACCGCGCGCCCGAAGGGCAGCUGCCCGCCUUUAAUGAGGAUGGACUCAGGCAAGUUCUAGAAGAGAUGAAAGCUUUAUAUGAACAUAACCAGUCUGAUGUGAAUGAGGCAAAGUCAGGUGGAAGAAGUGAAUUGAUACCAACAAUCAAAUUUCGACAUUGUUCAUUGUUAAGAAAUAGACGUUGCACUAUAGCAUACCUGUAUGACCGUUUGCUUCGGAUUAGAGCGCUCAGGUGGGAAUAUGGUAGCGUCCUGCCAAAUACUUUACGAUUUCACAUGUCUGCUGAAGAAAUGGAGUGGUUCAAUCAUUACAAGAAGUCUCUUGCUACAUAUAUGAGGUCAUUGGGAGGAUAUGAAGGUUUAGACAUUACACAGGAUAUGAAACCUCCAAAAAGCCUAUAUAUUGAAGUGCGGUGCCUAAAAGAUUAUGGAGAAUUUGAAGUUGAUGAUGGUACUUCAGUUCUAUUAAAAAAAAACAGCCAGCACUUUCUACCUCGGUGGAAAUGUGAGCAGCUGAUUAGACAAGGAGUUCUGGAGCACGUCCUGUCGUGACCUCAUACCAGGCUCUGCCAGACUUCAACUGCAGGGCGGGGUUAAACAGCUGCUGAAACAUCUACACUUUUCACCCUUGCAUCCCACCCCUCUUUGGUUGUGAAAGUUACAGACUUCCUUAAGGUAACCAGGAGUACCUGGGGAAGGAGCAUGUUCUUUUUUUUAACAGGAUUUCUCCUUUUUGUGAUAAGCUGUACCUGUAAUCACAACAUUGCUGCAUUGCUACAACAUGAGCUUUUUCUAAUGAAAAUAAACUUUUACUGUAUUUAAACCUCUUUAAAAUAAUGAGGAAAUUUCUUUUGGCUAAAGAAAU